UCCCCCUGUGCUAGAGAACAAAAGAAACCAAUGCUUCAGGCUUCAGCCACGAAAUGGAACAGAGAACUCCGGACCAUACAUAAUCGGCCAUGGCUGCAACUACAACCCUCCUGCUUCUCAAGCCAUUCAAAUUUCAAAACCCUAGAUCUAUCUAUUCUCAUCCUGCAAAAUCCACAUGUUCUUCCUCUGUCACAAUCCAAGCACAAUGUGCCAAAGGGAAUCUUCUGAGCCUCAUUGCAGACCAGGACCGUGGCCUUAAGACCCAGAAUAAUUCAGAAAAACGAUCUCAAAUCGUUGAAGCGAUAGAUGCAAUGGCUACCUUGGCUGCUGGUUCAGUCACCACUGGUGAUUCCCUCUCGGCCACGUGGAGGUUGCUUUGGACCACGGAGAAAGAGCAGCUCUUCAUAAUUGAGAAGGCUUACUUGUUUGGCACCCAAGCCGGUGAUGUUUUGCAGGUGAUCGAUGUUCAGAAUAGAUCUUUGAACAAUGUGAUCACAUUUCCUCCCAAUGGGGUUUUCUUUGUUCGAUCCAAUAUCGAGAUUGCGUCGCCACAGAGAGUGAAUUUCAGAUUUACAAGCGCAGUCUUACGUGGGAAGAACUGGGAAAUUCCGUUGCCGCCAUUUGGAAAGGGCUGACGACAGCGUGCAACCAGCAGAGGAGUCAUAGUCAAGCAGCUCGAGACCUUCGUCUAUGGUCUCGAGCGCCGAGAACUCUCUAUCGUACACCGAUGGCAAAACUCCCCUCAGGUUGAGUUCUGCCAAGGGUCCUCUGUUCUCCUAGUGUACGAUAAAUUCAACAAACAUAAUUAUUGUGAGUGGGGUCAAGCUACGUGGCUUGCUAUCGGUGGUCAUGGCAAAUUGGGCUUCAUCACCGGUACUUCUAAGGUACUAGACGAGUUAGACGCAACAGCCCUAUUGAAGUAGGAGACUGAGAACUCACUAGUUGCUUCAUGGUUGGUCACAGUUAUGACUCCAUAAGUUUGACACUCUUUCAUGUUUCUGCCUAUUGCGAGAGACAUUUGGGAAGUUGUUCGAGAAUCAUAGUCGGAUGGUGAACACAGUACUCGAACAUAUGAGCUGAAAACUCGAAGCUACUAGAUUAAACAAGCUGAACAUGAUUUGAUUGAAUAUUGGUUAGAACUAGUUGCAACAUGGCAGGAGAUCGACCUCAACACAGAAGAGGAAUGGUCUUGUGCCCGUGAUGCAGCAAGGUACAAAAAUUGAGUUGAGGAUGAGCAGGUGUUUCAAUUCUUGGCUGGUCUUCAUCACUCAUUUGAUAAUGUUCGAAGCAGAAUCCUAGCUCGCUUACCAUUACCCUCAGCACGAGAUGCAUUUGGAGAAGUCCGUAGAGAGACUUCUUGCUGAAAGGUGAUUCUUACUGACCCUAUUCUUGUAUCUUCCUCUUUUGAACCUUCUGCCUUGGUAAGUAGGAACUCUGAUCAAGGUACAAAAGAGACAAAAGGGAAAAUCUCAUGUGAUCAUUGUAAAAAGACUGGUCACACAAAGGACAAGUGUUGGGAUCUUCACGGGAAACUUGCUGACUGGAAACCAUGCAAGGGUAAGGCACGUGGAUAUCAAGUUACUUCUGAAAAUGCCCCAGACAAAUCUAUUGCUAUCCCUCAAAUGGAUAAAGGCCAAUUAAUUAAGCUCCUGGAGGUGUUAAAUACUCUACAACGACCUGAGCAACCAUCUCAAAACCCACACACUGUUUCUGUGGCUAAGCAAGGUAAUAAUCAUUAUGCAUUAAAUGCCUCCUUCCAUAAAUCCCAGCGGAUUGUUGUCUCCGGGUCCUCAGAUCACAUGAUGGAAAACUCCACAUUAUUCACAUCAUAUUUUCCAUGUAGUGGUGGACGUGAGAAAAUUGAUAUUGCUAAUGGAACAUCUUCCUCUAUUGUUGGAAAGGGAAGCAUUACUAUUUCUGAAUUUUUGCAACUGGAUUCAGUUCUUCAUGUUCUAUACUUAGCUUGUAAUUGGUUAUCCAUAAGCAAGUUGACUAAACAAGCUCGUUGUAGUGCUCAUUUUUUCUCUACUCAUUGU